CGCGGCAAGUACUAGCUGGAUCUAGUAAGGAACCAUUGGGUCUCGGCACCAACGUCCAAUGCUCUCUAGAGUACUUCCAACUGUAAGAUUCCGCUAAAGUCAAGAUCCUAUGUUAUAUCCUGAAAGCAUAAAAGUUAUCCAGUUUGGUGGAAUGCCUCAGUGGAAAUUCAUGUGAAAUUGUGCACUCGGAAUCUGUUUGUGAUGGUUAUUUAAUCCGUAUGUAACUAUCUUGUGACUCGGGCUCCGGGGGUACUGGUUGAGUGCAUUUUGGUGUAAAAGUUUCACGUUUCGCAUACUUCAGUGGUAAAAGAUUGCUAGUGCGAAGAUAAGCUCCUCCGGAAAAUCUUGGAAGGCGUGAGAAAGGAUUUAGUGAUAUAGUAUUUUUGAAAGUUUUAAUGGUUCAGUGAUUUUCGAUGAAAUCUUGUGUUAUAGUUGAAAUGUUUAAAUAGUGUCAGUGGAUACCAAAAAAUUAAAUUCCAAUUCCGUUGUCACUCUGAAAUCUUCUUCGAAUCAGGACGUUAGAGAAUUUAGCAGCUCUUAAAUUAGACUGCUGUAAUUUCGAUGCUGAACGUGGCCGCAUUUCAAGAUGUGUAAAGACUGUGCUCAUCCGAUUUAAAGGCGAGAAUAAAUUCAGUUUAAAAGCAGAGGGAGAAAAAAUGCGGGAAAUUAGUGUCCAAAGUCAACAUACCCUGUAUUCCGGUUCGUGUGUUGGUUAUUCAAAUUAAACAAUUUUAAUGCGAAAAAUCGUCAGCAGCCAUGGACAUUCAUAUAUUGGAGAGUCCCAUUUCAUUGCCGAUGAAUUUCAAUUCAAUAAUGCACCAUCUGAUAUUCGAAUAAAAAUUUUCCGAUAAAAUGGAGGUCAACAUGGAUGACAAUUCAUCACUGACAACGGACUACUAUAGCUAUUAUUGGAAUAUCACAGAUUACUACAGCACAGAUAAUUAUAACUAUGUUUCGACGACGAGCAACAGCACCAACUCCAGCUUUGCCCAGGCAAAUAUGUUCAUAUUGCCGUGGUGGCGCCAGCUCUUGUGGAGUAUCUUGUUUGGCGGCAUGGUCAUUGUGGCAACUGGAGGCAACCUCAUCGUCAUUUGGAUAGUCCUCGCCCACAAGCGGAUGCGAACGGUCACGAACUACUUUAUAGUGAACUUAUCUAUAGCUGAUGCCAUGGUUUCCACCCUCAAUGUCACUUUUAACUACAUCUACAUGCUGUAUGCCGACUGGCCAUUUGGAACGUUGUAUUGCAAAAUAGCACAAUUCGUAGCGAUCCUCAGUAUAUGUGCCUCCGUGUUCACGCUAAUGGCUAUAUCUAUUGACAGAUACAUGGCCAUCAUGAAUCCCCUACGACCUAGAAUGGGCAAAAGGAGUACUCUGUGUAUAGCGGGUGCAAUAUGGGUGCUCGGGAUUAUUUUAUCAUGCCCGAUGUUGGUAUUUUUUACGACGUACAAUGAAGUGUUGAACAAUGGAAAAAUUAGGGUAGUUUGUUAUGCUGAAUGGCCGGAUGGACCAACUAAUCAUUCAUUACAGGAAUAUGUAUACAACGUUGUGUUUAUGUUUCUAACGUACUUUUUACCAAUUGGGUCCAUGACUUUCACAUAUGCCCGCGUUGGACUGGAGCUUUGGGGUUCACAAAGUAUCGGUGAAUGUACCCAGAGGCAAUUGGAUAAUAUUAAGAGCAAGCGCAGGGUUGUUAAGAUGAUGAUGGUCGUAGUAGUUAUUUUCGCUGUAUGCUGGCUACCAUUCCAUAUUUAUUUUAUAGUAACUUCAUAUUAUCCUGAAAUAACAAGCCUGCCGUAUAUCCAGGAGUUCUACUUAGCUAUCUAUUGGCUGGCGAUGAGCAAUUCCAUGUACAAUCCAAUGAUUUAUUGUUGGAUGAAUUCCAGAUUUCGUCGGGGAUUUAAACAGUUUUUUUGUUGGUGUCCUUUCGUUAAACUCACUCCGGAAACAUUACAACGACGGGAAGUCCUAACCUCGCGGUAUUCAUGUUCUGGAUCACCUGAUCAUCAUCGAAUUGUAAGAAACGGUAAGAAAGACACUGAAAGGUCUUUUCUGUAUACGUGUCCGGGCUCGCCGAAACACCGAAGGAUGUCACAUGGCGGCUCGAUACGUAUCCCAAUGCACAUAACAUCCACUCCUGGUAUAAACUCCUCCUAUUUAACAUCGAACUCGGCGGGUCUUCACGCCAUGAAUACAUUCACAAAUGACUACCAAUCAUACCGAAAUAAUUCGGCCGGGCUGCAACAACGCUGGACAACCACUCGUACAACUGCGUCCUGACAGAUGCGAAAUCCAAAUUCACUUAGCAAAAAUAACAACAAUAACGAAAGCAAUUGUUAUCCGGACAAUUGCAAUCGUCCUUUUGACCAUGACACAGUUGAUGGACCAAAACAGCGGAGGACUUGGAUCUAAUAACAAAAUACAUACCAGUACCAUUUUAAGGAGUAAGGAUUUAGUUUUAAGGCUAUAAAUGUAAAAUAAAUAAAAAAACAAAAACUCAAAAAAGUGUACAUGAAUGGAAAAGCGGAACAAAUCUGAAAGAGAAAUCAUGGAGAGCAGGAGAUGAAAAACAAAUUCAGAUGUAAUGAAAAUGAUAAAUCAUAUCCUUCCUGACAAUGAUAAGUUGAUAUAAAUGUGUAAAAUAUAAACAUUAGGAAUAUAAACAACAAAAUGAUAUAUAAGUGUGCUAUGUGUAUGUGUAGAGAAUAUUGAAGACAUUUGGAUACAAUGAGCAAACAAAUGUGAUUGAUACUACCCCUGAGUAAACAUAGCAUUACCGGGCAAACAAGAGAACUUGUAUUUUCAGAAAAGGUGCAGUUGUUACGACUAUUUUGAUCCAAGAAUAAAGGAAAAGACUUGAGAAACAGGUAUAG